CGCCCCCAAGAUGGCGGCGGCCAUGCCGCCCCCCGCCGCCGCCGCCGCCGCCGCCGCUCGGGGCUCUCCCGUCGCUCUUUAACGGCGCCGCCGCCGCCCCCGGGGCUUUUUCCCCGCGGGGCUUUUUCCCCGCGGGGCCUCCCCGAGCCCUCCCCGCCCCCAGCGCGGCCAUGGACGGGCCGGGCGCGGCGGCGGCGGCGGCGGCGGGCGCGGGCCCCGGGGCCAGCAACGUGCCCGCGUUCCUGAGCAAGCUGUGGACGCUGGUGGAGGACCCCGAGACGGACGCGCUGAUCUGCUGGAGCCCCAGCGGGAGCAGCUUCCACGUCUUUGACCAGGGCCAGUUCUCCAAGGAGGUUCUGCCCAAGUACUUCAAGCACAGCAACAUGGCCAGUUUCGUGCGCCAGCUCAACAUGUACGGAUUCCGGAAGGUGGUGCACCUGGAGCAGGGCGGUUUGGUGAAGCCGGAGAAGGACGACACCGAGUUCCAGCACCCGUUCUUCCUGCGCGGGCAGGAGCGGCUCCUGGAGAACAUCAAACGCAAAGUCACCAGCGUGUCGUCGCUGAAGCCGGAGGAGGUGCGGGUGCGGCAGGACAGCGUGGCGCGGCUGCUGGCAGACAUGCAGGCCAUGCGCGGCAAGCAGGACAGCCUGGACUCACGCCUGCUCAACAUGAAACAUGAGAACGAGGCUCUGUGGCGGGAGGUGGCCAGCCUGCGCCAGAAGCACGCGCAGCAGCAGAAGGUCGUCAACAAGCUGAUCCAGUUCCUGAUCUCGCUGGUGCAAUCCAACCGGAUCCUCGGCGUCAAGAGGAAAAUCCCCCUGAUGCUGAACGACGGCGGCCCCGCACAUUCCAUGCCCAAGUACAGCCGACCCUACCCCCUGGAGCACCACGGGAAUUCCGCCUACACCGCUCCGGGCCCGGCGCUGCUCGCGGCCGACCCCUCCCCCCCCCGCGGCCCCGCCCGCGCCAUCGCUGACGUCAUCGAUGACGUCAUCGCCGACGGCCCCGCCCCCGGACACAGGAGCAGCCCGCCCAUCCGGAUCAAGGAGGAGCCUCCCAGCCCCACCCCCAGCCCGCAGGGGGAGGAGCCCCGGAACGCCGGGAAUUCCGGGAAUUCCGGGAAUUCCGGGAAUUCCGGGAACGCCGAGACCCCCCUGUCCCCCUCCACCUUCAUCGACUCCAUCCUGCGGGAAAACGACUCCGGAGCCGCUCCCGGGAAUUCCCAGGGCCCGGAAAAGUGCCUGAGCCUCGCCUGCCUCGACAGGUCGGAGCUGAACGAGCACCUGGACUCGGUGGAUUCCAGCCUGGAGAAGCUGCAGGCGCUGCUCAGCUCCCACGGCUUCAGCAUGGACAGCGCCCUGCUGGACCUCUUCAGUCCGGCGGUGGCGGUGCCGGAGGUGGCGCUGCCGGACCUGGACAGCGGCUUGGCCAGCAUCCAGGAUCUCCUCUCCAACCAGGAGCAGCAGAAACCCGCCGAGGCCGAGCCCGGAGCCGGCGAUUCCGGGAAGCAGCUGGUUCCCUGCACGGUCCAGCCGCUGUUCCUGGUGGAUUCCAGCGCCGUGGACGUCGGAUCCGCGGAUCUUCCCAUCUUUUUCGAGCUGGGGGAGGGGCAGUGCUUCCCGGACGGGGACGAGUAUCCCGAGGAGUAUUCCCGGGAAUAUCCCGAGGAGUAUUCCCAGGAGUAUCCCGAGGAGUAUCCCGAGGAGUAUCCCGAGGAUCCCGCGCCCCCGGACCCGGCCGGGUCCUAAAUCCGGGAGCGGGACAGGGACAGGGACACGAUCCCGGACACGAUCCCAAAAAGGAUCCCAAAAAAAUCCC